AACUCCUAGGAGAGUGUUUCUUAAUUUCCAAGGAGCAUAUCCUUUUGGCCUUGAAGUUAGACGUGUUUGACAUUGAUAUUGCUGUUCUUACUCCCUCUGUUUGCAUUUACUGGGUGUGUCUUUGCCCGUUGCUUUAUUUUCAGUCUUGUUGCUCACCUUGUUUGGGGCGUAGUUCUUGUAAACAGCAUUUGGCUGUAUUUCAUUCUUUAACGUCCUCAGUCUGUGUUUUGAUGGGGAAAUUCAGUCUCUUUACACUUAGUGUUAUAGUCGGAUGCACUUAGCUUUACUUAUUCCCCUGAUCUUACAUUUCCUGCACACACCCCCCACCCUCACCCCCAUUUCUUUUUGGUUACUUUGCUGGCUUGGUUGAUAUUCCACUUUACUUCCAGAUUUCUGGUAUUAAGAACCGAGGGGCUGGUUUACUGAUACAAAACAAAGAAAGAUUUGGAGAGAAAAUCGUGAGUUCAGUUUGGAUUUUAAAAUGUAAGAAGCCUUUGAAACCUCCAAGUGGAGAUGUUGAGGGGGCCUUUGGGCAUACUGGAGUAGAACUCAGAGGAAGAAUCCCGAGUAAGGGCUACACACCGGAGCCGUGCGCAGCCUGGGGGCCGGGACCCGGCCCUGAGGGACGUGGCCGGCUACAGGCUGGAUGAAAGAGGAAAAGCCGGCAGUGCAUAAAGACUAAUAGCGAUGCCCAUCAGGGUGGGAGGAAAACCCAGAAGGGCGGAGAGGAUGGCACAGCAUCUCAAGGCAGGCGUGGUUCAGGGGAUUCCUUUGUUUACUUGACUGGGGUGAGAUACCAGAGUCUGUUUGCUGGCCACGGCGGAAGGUCCGGCAGAGGCGGAGAUCAAGGGGAAGGGGACGAGCCAGGGGACCAUCGUAACAGGUGGCGGCAGGUGGGCCAGGGCAGGGCAGAGGGAUGGAGCCCAGCAGGAGGAAGGGCACUUUCUCCACCAGUCAGGGCGGAAGGCACAGGUGACCAGGUGCCUGCUACAGACGCGGAAGGCGAGGCGGGGGCCCAGACCCGGAGGCGGGCCUUGCUGUCCAACGUCACUCAUCUCGGUAAGGCAAGAGGUGACAUCACCUGCUGAGACUGCGUUGGGACAGGGGUCAGAUGGUUGGGGAGACCAGGAGAGAAAUGAGACCGAAGUUCAGGAGCAUGGGCGGGCACUGUGGCCUUGGGAGGCCUUCCCGGUUCUGAGGGGCAGCGGGAGCGAAGCCUUCAGGUGGCCUGACGUUGAAGACACGGAGGACGCCCUUUGCGUCUCCCGCUGAGCUCCAGGCAGAACUGGCUGCGGGAGCGGUUCUAGUUCGUUCCUGCUCACACCGUCUCUCCGCGCGCCAGUCCCGUAGCUAAGACAGGUCGGAACAUCAAGGCCGUGGAAAUGCCGGGUAGCAGGUGUCACACUGGCAACCGUGAGCUGCAGAUUCGCGCGCGCUGCUUCUCUGCUUCCGGAUCCUCCUUUCCAACAAGAUGUGAGACCUUCAAGGGAUACUUGCACGUGGAACCCAGGUGCUGCCACCAAGGCCCCCCAAAGCUGAUGACCCAGCUGCUCUUGUCCCCUGCAGCUAGCUUCUAGCGACGACCUGCUCCUUCAGAGGGGCUCCGAUAGCCAAGCCGUAGGGCCCUCAGCGCCUGCUUCCUCGUCUGUACCUCUGCCGUCUUCUAUUGGGGUGCUGGUCAGAAGAGGGUUGGGUCCAGCUUCGCAUGGCACCUGGAACUGUGGCCCCUCCAAACUCCAAGCCUUGCUACUCAGUCUAGACCCCGUGAGCAUGUCCUCUCAGGAGCCUCACUGUCCCUCUUGGGGCCCUCGGUCCUUAUGUUCGCAGUUCCUUGCAAUUCUGAGGCACAAAAGUAGGUGAGACUGCUUUUGUAUCCGCGAAGUGCUUCACUCCUGAAUGUAAUUCUAGCUGAGUGCAAUCUAGGUUAAGAGCCGGACAAGCGGGUAAUUAGAGCCCGCUCGCCGCCCGCCCGAGGACCGGCCGCCCCGCCGAAGCGCGCCCGGCGUCGGCGCCCUUCUCCCGGCCGAGCCGAGCCGCGGCUGGACACGGAGCGCCCGAGAUGAUGGUGCUGGACAAGGAGGACGGCGUGCCGAUGCUCUCGGUCCAGCCCAAAGGGAAGCAGAAGGGCUGCGCGGGCUGCAACCGCAAGAUCAAGGACCGCUACCUGCUGAAGGCGCUGGACAAGUACUGGCACGAGGACUGCCUCAAGUGCGCCUGCUGCGACUGCCGCCUGGGCGAGGUGGGCUCCACCCUGUACACCAAGGCCAACCUCAUCCUGUGCCGGCGCGACUACCUGAGGCUCUUUGGCACCACGGGAAACUGUGCCGCCUGCAGCAAGUUGAUCCCAGCCUUCGAGAUGGUGAUGAGGGCCCGGGACAACGUCUACCACCUCGACUGCUUCGCCUGCCAGCUCUGCAACCAGAGGUUCUGUGUGGGAGACAAGUUCUUCCUGAAGAACAACAUGAUCUUGUGUCAGCUGGACUACGAGGAGGGGCAGCUCACCGGCGCCUUCGAGCCGCAGGCUCAGUAACGCCCGUCCCGGCCUCCAGGCCCGCCCGCCCGGCCGGCUGGCCGCUCUCCUGCGAUUGCAGCUCCGCCGCCCGUCUGUGUGUGACCCUCCCGGGGCCAGGCUGGGCCUGUACAGUCUGUCUUCUGUAUAUAAAUGGGAACAUUUAUUUUAUGACAAAUGUAAUGCGAUUUUAUUACUGGCGUGGAUUAAACUUAUGAAUGUUCCGGG